UGUUGUAAAUCAGCAGCAUCUUCAUGUGAAUGCAGUCAUACUGGUACUGACUUCUUCUCUGAUCCAAGGGAAAACAGACCUUUAUCAGAAUGCAGUUAAUGGAAGUUGAUGACGAUGAGCUACAUGUGAAUAAGAACCUCACAAUGCAAGGCCUCCUCAACUCAGUUGAUUUUCAGAGGAAGAAGCAGCCCUCUAGAUGUGCGUCCGUGUGUCUUGGAUUACUGUGUGCUGUCCUGUUGGCUGGUAACAUAGGACAGCUUGUCUACUAUGAGAUAAUCAGCCGCUCCGCGUCAGCAGACCCAACGCAGGCCAGCUACAUUCAAGGAGGUCAAGAGCAGAGCAGCUAUGAUGCUUUAACAGCAGAGAGAAAACAAUUGGAUGCCAGACUGACUAACCUGACUAAAGAAAAAGACCUGUUGCAGCAAAGCUACAGCUCUGUGACUACUGAAAGAGAUGAGUUCAAGGCCAGUUUCAACAAUCUGAAAAAUGAGAGCGACCAGUUACAAGUAAGUUACAACACCUUAAAACAAGAGAGCGAUCAGUUACAGACUAAUAAAGACCAGCUACAGACCAAGUACAGUAGCCUGCAAAGACAAAAAGAUGAGUUACAGACUAAUAAAGACCAGCUACAGACCAGGUACAGUAGCCUGCAAAGACAAAAAGAUGAGUUACAGACGAAUAAAGACCAGCUACAGACCAGGUACAGUAGCCUGCAAAGAGAAAAAGAUGAGUUACAGACUAAUAAAGACCAGCUACAGACCAGGUACAGUAGCCUGCAAAGACAAAAAGAUGAGUUACAGACUAAUAAAGACCAGCUACAGACCAGGUACAGUAGCCUGCUAAAACAAAAAGAUGAGUUACAGACUUUGUCUGUUACGCUGAGAGCAAACAGAGAUCAGUUGCAGAGCAAUUACUCCUCACUGAAGAUUAACAAGGACCAGUUGCAAAGAAGCUAUAACACACUGAGUUUAAGUAAGAUUUUCCUUCAGACCAGAUACAAUUCAUUGGAGAAAGACAAAGAACGAUUGCAGUCGAGCUAUAAUACUCUGCAGAGGGAAAAAGAGCAGUUACAGACCAAAUACACCAGUUUGGCUGCAGCUAGAGAUCAGCUACAGAAGAAGAUCGACAAAGUGAGAGCUAAACCCUGUCAGACAGGCUGGAGUAAGUUCGACAUCAGCUGUUACUUUGUUUCAAAUUUGGAGAAAAACUGGACGCAAAGCCGACAAUACUGCAUCGCAGAGGGAGCAGAUCUAGUCGUCAUAGACAGCAGGGAUGAACAGGCAUUUGUCAACGGGUUACUGGAUGACGGCAAAAAUGCCUGGACUGGUAUGACUGACAGUAUUAUAGAGGGAAUUUGGAUGUGGGUGGACGGGACUCCAGUCACCACUACGUACUGGGGGGAGGACCAGCCCAACAGCUACGAUGGGAACCAGGACUGUGGAGAAACUGUGCAAAAGUCAUUGGGAGUUGGAGAAUGGAACGAUGACGGCUGUUUUGGUGAUCAGAACUUUAUCUGUGAGAAAUAAUAUCACAAUGAUUUACACAGUUAAUGAUGGUGUGUUGGACUGCAGUUCUAAUGUACGUCAUAACUAAUUGAUUAUUUGUAUUAAUCUGCAGCUGAAAAUAGUCCCCAACAAAUAGCGUGUUUACUUCAGUUUGCUAAAAUCUACAAUGUUCCGCUGUUUUAGGAAAUGACUGAGCCUUUUUUGAAAAUGAUGGUAUACAUUUAUGGCUGUUUUUAAAGAUUUUCAUCUUCAGUGGGAACUCCAUAGACUUUCAGAAAGUGCUGAGAGAUGGACGAACACAUUGGUUUUGGUCUUUCCAUGGGGUUUGUAGACAAUAACAAAAAUAUAUAAUAAUCUCAGCUUUAUUCUUUGAUACUGUUAAAGGCUGUUUUCAGUUAAUCUGGCUGAUUAGACCUCUUCUCAGGACUGUGUGUGCAUGUAUAGACUAAUGAGUCACAUCUUCCUGAUUCUCCUGUUAGCUUUGUUGAACCUGUUAAGGCGGGAUAAAUUACACCUUUAUCAUUCUUAUUGGUCGAUGAAGAUUUUUGACCUAAUAAAUCCCCAUCAAAGCUCCGGCCCACCUUCAACCUGAGCAGAGGUCUAAUCAGACAGAAUAACUGAAAUCACUUGUGUGGGUGUUCAGAGGCUUUAAAGGUCGGUUCACCCAAAUUACUAUCGAACAUAUUUCUCAUAUUUCCACACCUCUAGUGGACAUGUACGAUAUCUAUCUCUGAGAUUUCUGCCUCCAGACAGCCAAGUCUUAAUAUAUUAAACUUUUUAAGCUUUAAUGAUUUUAGACGAGUACACUUUGAUGCAUAACAUUGUUAACAUGUUCAUAAAUGUACUAUUUAGCUGAUGAUUUGUGUUUGAUGUAAUGGAAUAUGAAUUUCUUGGUUGUACAAAAACGGGUUUUACUAUGUGUUACCGUGUUCUCUUAUGAGUGUGCUACAUCAGAUUCAGCAAACACUCCUAACUUCAGAUAACUGUGUAAAUGCGUAAACAUGAUGAAUGCCACCUGUGUGGAAAUGAGCAAUCGUUCAUGAAAAUUGUAAAUUAACAUAAUUAACACCCCAAUGAUACCAAGUAUGAAUCUGUUUGUAGGAGUUGUUCUUGAGGCCAAUUGUCUAGUACUCUACUAUGAUAUUCUGUGGCCUUUGGCAUAGCUUUAGAAAUGUGUGCAAAUUGCCAUCUGUUUGAUUAAUGAAAUUGUAUGCAAAUUAAUGUUUAACACAAAUAAUGUAUGUUACAAAGCACAUGCAUACAACAUUUGCAUAUGGUUUUAAUAAUUUACUGUAUCACUCUGUAAUGAUUAAAAAAUACUGGCACAAAUUA